AUGACGACAGAGUUCAGCAGGUCGGCGAUGCAGCCGCUGAACCGGGGGAAGACGAGCCCUCACAAGGAGGUGCACUGCCUUGUGUCGGCAGCCCGGUGGGUCGACAAAUACGUCUCCAAAGUGACCGGGGGCAACAACAGGUUGAGGAACCGACUGGCAGAGAAUCUGAGCGGGACGUGGGGAGUCUGGCUGGACAUCGCGAAUGCGAUUGCUAGCUUCACUUGUGUGGUUCUUUAUAUCCUCCAGACAUACCUGGAUACCUCAACGAGUGAAAGCGCGAUAAACAUGGUGAAUCAGAUAGAUUCGUACCAGACUAUGAUCAACUUCGUGUUCCUCGUCGAUUUCUGCAUCAACCUGUAUGCUGCGGAAGACAGGAAGCGCCAUCUUGAACAUCCCCUGGUCAUGAUAGACAUCAUCACCAUUUUCCCAGAAUUCAUCACCUUCUUGGUUGCCCUGGAUGACGAGUGGGAGGAUGUCUCAAAGAGAAUCCUGCAAGUUCUUCUCACCUUCUUCUCCAUUCUCCUCUGCUUCACAGGCGUGUACCUAGCCUUCGAGGCCCAGAGUGACGUGUGGGUUGAGCCUUUGCGGUUCCAUGAUUGCCUCUACUUCACCAUUGUCACCAUUGCCACCGUUGGCUACGGAGACUUCAGCCCAGUCACCCUUGCAGGGAAGAUCAUCUCUGCUGCCAUGAUCCUGUUUGCCCUCGUUGUGCUGGGAGAUCAGCCGGUGAUCCGAUGGGUCCGUUUGCAGAUCAACGAGUUGCUGAAGCUGAUCCACUCGACCUCUCCGUUCUCCCGGGCCGUGUACAAGUGCCGCAAGGCGUUCCAGCAUAUCGUGGUGUCGGGGGAUCUGUCGCAGGAGAGCGUCCGGGAGCUGCUAGUUGAACUUUUCCACGAGGACCAUGGCGUGAACAGCGUAUUUCACGUUGUCUUCCUGUCGCCAGAAGAGCCGUCCUUUACCCUUCAGAAGCUCCUGGGUAGCCCCGAGUACCUUCAGAACACCUUGUACGUCCAGGGUUCUCCUUUCGAUGAGCGGGAUCUCAACAGGGCCUGUGUAACAAAGGCUCUUGCCGUCCUCUUCCUCUGCGACAAGGAUUCCGUGGAGCCGAAGCUUAUGGAUCAACGAACGAUUUUCCGGGUCGUUGCAGUGAACCAGUACUUGACCAAGAUGAAGACAGAAGUGCCUAUCUUGUUUCAGCUGAUCAAGCCGGAGUCUGCUGCUAACUACAUCAACUCUUCCUUCCGCGUCCCCCUGAACCAGAUCGUCUGCAUAGAUGAGAUCAAGAUGCAUCUCCUUGCCAAGAACUGCAUCUGUCCCGGAGUGGCCACCCUCGUCUGCAACCUGAUCCGGACCUCUGACCAGAGGCGAUCUCGCACCAUGGACUCGUGGGAACAGGAGUAUGUUGUCGGGACCAACAAGGAAGUCUACAGGACCAAGUUGUCACCCAAGUUCGCCGGCAUGACUUUCGGGCAGAUUGCAAACCGGAUAUUCCAGGAAUGCGAGUGCAUCGCGUUUGCCAUCGAGAUCAUCGACGUCUUCGGCGAUCGCCGGGUGGUUCUCAACCCUUCGAGGUACGAGAUCCCUUCGGGCGUUCACUUCGUCUACGCCAUCGCCAACGACCUCUCGGAGGCCGACACCAUAACCUCCUUCGGUCUCGAACUCGUGCCCUCCGGCAGCCAGCCGGACCUCGCACUCUAUGAGUCCCCGAAGCCCGCCGACAGCAUCGGCAAUCAGAUCUCCUCCCUUCACCGCGAAAAGGCUGACGUCAAGUCGGGAGGAAGCGACGGGUCCGUCGGGAGGUGCGAGCCCAUGGCGGCUCGCUUGUCGCGCAUGAAGCAGGCGUUCAACAUCACGGAGCAGCCGAGGACGAAGGAGGAGAUGACUGUGGAGUCGGUGGAGAAGCUAGUCAAGGGUCACAUCCUAGUGUGCGGGGAGAUCGGCAGCGUCUACAACUUCAUCGAGACGCUGAGGUACAAGCACGUGACGCUGGCACCCAUUGUCAUCCUCUCCAACAAGCCUCUGUCGGAGGAGAUCUACAAGAAGAUCUGUUUCUUCCCCGAGGUCUUCUAUGUGUACGGUACCCCGAUGCAGCAGAAGGACCUGCUGAGGGCUGGAAUCCUUUCCCUCAACACGGCUGUGAUCUUCUCCUCCUCUACCGAUAAUUCCUCCCAGCAGAACGACGACUCGUCCCGCAGGCUCUUUGACGCCGACGCUAUCCUCAUCUUCCAGAGCAUCCGAAAGUGCCGACCGACCGCCAAGAUCACCUGCCAGCUCAAGUUCAAGGAGAACAUGAUGUUCUUCACAGAGUGCAUGGAGAACAGCGACGUUACCCUUAGCCCCUCCUUCGCCGCCGGCCAUGUCUUCAUCUCCACCAUGCUCGACCGGCUGCUCGUGCAGUCCUUCUACAACCCCAGCAUCAUCACCAUCCUCUACGAGCUCAUCGCCUCCUCCGGCUCCCUGAACGCCGAGUACGCCUCCAGCAUCGUACAUCCCUCCACCUUGUCCAGCGCCCCCGUCCCCCCCAACUUCGUCGGCAAGAAGUUCAAGGACUUGUUUCAGUACCUCAACUCCAAGAGGGGCAUGCUGGUCAUCGGGUUGUACAGGGUCAACCCGGUGGACAACGAGGCCCCUCUCCCCUACGUCGUCACUGCUCCUCCUCACAACACCAUCCUCAACAAAGACGACUCCAUGUUUCUCCUCUCCUCCCCCUUCGAGCCCUCUACUGCUCCCCGCGGCAUGCUGAGCUUGAAAGUGAUCGAGGCGGAGCUGAAGUGGAGCGAGGAGGCAAAGAAAAGCAAGGGACAGGUCGUCUGCUCCAUCGUCUGUCAGGGAGAGCAGUUCUUCUCCGACCCUUGCGUCAACCAGGCCAACCCUCACUUCAACUUCAAGUCCUCCUUCCAAAUCAUCGAGACUGAAGGAUCGGUCGAGCUCAGCGUCUUGGUCAAGUACAAGGAGGACAGAUUCUCCGAAUCUUCCGACAAGGCUCGUUCCACUCCUCGUCGUCAGGUCAUCUGCAAGACUGAGAUUCCCGUCCACUACCUCCUCACCUGCGCCAGCGAGCAUGAGGCCAAGACUGGGGUGAUCGGAGUCGACAGGAUCAGAAUCAAUUUCGCAUGGAACACGGUCGACGGAGGAAAAGUCAUUGACGAGUGGUGA